GCCCACUCAUAUCCAGUACAAAGGCUAGACAGACUGCUCUACUGCUCUCACAUGCUCAGACACACACACUCAGACACACAAACUCAGACUCACACACUCAGACACACACGUCACCCAGAUACAGUCAGUCACUGUGUAACACACACGGACCAGGCUCGCUAACGCUACAGGCUGAGCAGUCACAAGUACCAGCAAGGAAUCAGUGACCAUCCACUCUCCCAGCAGAAGCUUUAUAACAUAACUGAGGGAACGUCUAAGAAGUUGAAAGAGAACUCUUCAGCAUUUUGGAAUUUGGACUGUACCAGAUCCACCAGACGUGGGGGAUUUAAAACCCUCUUUGUUGAACCAGGCCGGCACCAGCAUUUUAGACAGUCCCAACAGCACCAGAGGAAGGGGGUUUAUCUAGCAUCAGACAGUAUGCUGGCUCAGAUCCUACAGGAGAUGUGGGUGGACCCAGAGGUUCUGGAGGCCCUGAGUGAAGACCAGAGGAGAAUGUUGUUCCUGAAGAUGAGAGAGGAGCAGGUCAGACGCUGGACAGAGAGAGAGGAGAAGGAUGAGGGACAGAGGAGAACCAGGGAACACGGCAGGUCUAAGAAAGGUCACAGUAAGAGUGUGCGCUGGCUGUUGGGCCGUGAUGGGGAUGUGAGUGUGAGCGUGAUCGGAGAGGUGGAUGAAUUUAUAUCCUCCAAACUCCUCCAGACCUUCCGUACCAACACCAGACUACAGAGUACAGAAAUUAACAACCUAGUGGUUGAUAUCCAUACUGUGUCUCUACUGACAGACAGAGAGAACCACCAAACCAGCUCACAAUCAGCCAUACGGAUGCAACUCAGCCAAGAGUCAGACGGCUCUAAGGACUCUGAGGAGGACCAGAACUCAGGCAGUGCUGAGGAUGACCCAAAGGACCCCGGGGAGGACAGCAGCGACAGUGAGUCAGGCAACAGCACAGACGACCUAAAGGACUGGGGCCUCUGCUACAGACCCCACCGCAGCAACAUCAGCCUGUCUCUCCAACCCCAACUGUCAGUCACAGAGAAGGCCCGCUCACAGGGCAGAGGAGUGGUGGUCAGUCAUGAGGAGGAGAGCCCAGCGUUUGGUGGUCGGGUGGCCCAGCUCAGGAGAACAUUUGUCACAUCCUCUCCCAUCGCCAAGCCUCCUGUGCCCACCAAACCUUUGCACCUGCAGCUGGUGCCCAGGUCCUCUCUGAGGUAACACAAGGGGCACCCACGGUCAACCAAUCACACAGAAGAGGUACUGCCCACCUGAAGAGCUCAUUUGAAUACCAGGUACAAGUGACCUACGGACAGACACUCACCUGAGCUACGGUGCCGAGAAAUAGGAGCUAUAAACUUAGCCGAGUCAAAGGUGGACAUGCAUGGCUGAGUGGGAGGAAUGCUUGACGCUGGUAUUCUGGUGAAGUGCCCCCCUUUGAAGAUUCCUGGAGACUGUGUGGUAGUCAUACAGUUCCACCUCUCCUUGAACCUAAAUACACAAGAGGGUUUGGACAUGGUUAACAUGAGCUAUUUCUACAUAGUUACAUGAGGUUUGUAUCUGAUUUGUACAUGGGGUGUUGGAAGAUAUUUAGCUUUACGUUUCUAAUCAUGAAUUUUGCAUAAUUUAUUUUCACUUUGCUGUCUCUGGUAUGUUUGGGCUAUAGGUCAAACCAUCCUGUCGUGUUUUUAGUUGCCUGAUCUUUUUUUAUUUAACAGUCUAACCUCGUAGGCUUUCUGGUCAUAUUCUGUUUUGUAUAUCUGCACUGUAACUACAUUUGUUUGAGGAGGUUAUUUCUAAAUUGUGUGUGAAACAUGCUUGUGCGAAACACAGAUUUCUUUGACCUGUUGGUCUCUAAUUCAGCUAAAUAAAAAUUCUGAAGAAAUGUGUGUGUGUGUGUGUGUGUGUGUGUGUGUGGGUGUGCUUGGGUGAUAGAGAGAAUUAAGAAAGAGGGAGAGAGAGAGAAAAAGGGAGUCCUCUGUUUCAUUUGUAGUGAGUGGUAUCCAUGGUGACCAGAGAGGUUGAGGACAACCAGACCUGCCUUUCACCCUGCUCUGGGGUAGGAUUACAUCUAGAUCUCAAACACACACACACAUAUGCAUGUGCGCGCGCACACACACACACACACACACACACA